UACUCUAGCGGGUUUUUGAAUGGGUUGGUUUUGAGCUUUGGUUGGUAUAUCAUAUUGGACCUUCCACACAGUUUAUUGGCAACUCAUUUUGCAGAAGUGUUUGACAGUGUGGUUGAGAAAAAUUAAUCAGUCUGUGUUAAUUCUAUCACGAUACUAGACAUCAAUACUUUUCUUAGAUUACUAGACAUCAAGGGUAGGAUUUAAUGUAAAAAGGACAGAGCAAAAAGAACAAAGUUUGAAAGGUGGAUAACUAGGAGUCGACUGGGACCCAAGUCGGUCACUUUGCCUGUCCUUACAAGUUCAUUUAUUUCAGGAAGGCGACUGCUAUAGCAGCCGAUAUAAAUAAACAUGAACAAACGCGUAAUAUUAAAGCUGAGUAUGAUGUUUACCUGUAAAGAACGUGUUAAUGUGCUUGUGGAGUUGUUGGUGCAUUCACUUCUGAGUAGUUCUACUAAAUGCUUGUGUAAUUUACAGAUAUAGAUACAUAUAUAUGCUUAUAUGCAUUUGUUGUAUCUGAUGUCUUGUCUUGGCAAUUAGUUCGCGGUUUAUAAUGGUUGAUAGCUUAGGUAAAAGUUGUGCGAUCCAAGUCAGAGCUUCCGAAUUGUUUAUUUCGCAUGUUUUUCAGACCCUAUUAUUUCUGGGUCCUAUCUUUAUUUACUGUUUAUCGAGUUAAUUAAUUUAUGUGCUUUGCAUCCUCACGUGUCACCUGUGAAUGAAAUAAGUUAGUGGUCGCUGUAUAGUGUUUCUGAUUUUUCGAUGCUACGUCCUUAUGACAUUACGUUUCGUUUCUGCUACACAGGUUGAGUAGCUAUAUACCCUAUAACUUCGUCUCUGUUCUUAAUGAUGAAACAUCGGUAUGUGGGUAUGUGGUGUGUCUUUAUGCAUUAUUCUCUUUUCAUUUCACCACCUCUCAUACAAGUCACUUUCUUAAUUUUCCGGUGGGUAAUUAGUGCUCACUAGUGGAAUUCUCAUUUCAAUCUCUUACCAAGUCUUCCGCAACCAUUAUGGUGGUUGAAAUUGUGCAAUAAUGUUAUGCUGUUUAUUUCAGAUUGUGCAAUUGACAAGUGAGUACUAUGAAAACCAUGAAGAUGUAGUUGUCACAGUGUUAUGGGAACACCAAGUAAUUAGAUAAGCGGAGUUAAUUGACAAAUUCGUUUAUUUUACGCUUAGUUGUAGUAGAUAUUUAAAACAGAAAAGUAGCACAAUGAAGUCAAUCUUAGAAAUGUAUUCACACACGGAUGAUAGCCUACGAAUAUAUACAGUCUGUUCAGUUAUCUGUAUAAAAGCAGUAGAACUUAAGCCGUAAAAAUGUUAGUUAUAACCACCCAAUUUGAAAGCUGCAUCAUAGCCCCAGUAGGGUUCAAAGAUUUCCUGCACGUUCAGUCAUUUUGGUGGCUUAGAGUAUCAAUUCUAGACUUCUUGAAGAUGUUCUGUCGUAAGUAAUGAUUUUUAAACACAAUACACAGUACUGAGAAAUAAUUUAAAAUUUGACACAUUUUUUCAACUAGAUCAGAUCAACUCAGCAUAUGUUUCCAGUGUACGAAUUUAUUUCAACGAAUAUUCAUAUCUUUAAAUUUACUGCCUGCAGAAGUGUUGAUAAUAUCUAUUAUAAAUUAGCUAAGUGUACUACUAAAAAGACCAAUGCAUAUUUUCCGUUUUCUGGUCGUUGAAAAUUUAAAGAAUAUGAUUGGAGUCAAGUCCUACACUAUUUCAGCUUCUUAUUUGUUCUUGAUCUUAGCUUCAGCUGGAAAAUGUUAAGCUCCUGAAUCUGUUUUGUAUUUAUCUAACUUGGGAUGCCGGGUAACCUUGGGAACUUUGAGGUGAUAGAGCUGUCAAUGUUGAAGAAACAUAUGUUUUUUCCUCUUUCUGGUUUGGGGAAUUUUACUGCUCAGACUUUAUUAUAUCCAUUCGUCUUGCUUCGUACAAGACUCCAACUUCAGGAAGGUGCCCAGGUUUAUCGUGGUCUUGUACAUGCAAUUUCUUCUGUUGUCAAAGAAGAGGGUUUUCGAGGAUUGUAUAGUGGCUACUUGGUCCGAUCAUUUCACAUAUUCUCAGGUACUAUCUACGUUUCCACAUAUGAAGUAGCCAGACAAGCAUGUACAGUCUUUCCAGCACUAAGUCCUGUUCAUCGAUCUUUUGUUGGUGGUGCAGUGGCUUCAUGUAUUGCUCAAGGUUUUUUCGUUCCGAUUGAUGUUGUGUCUCAACACUUAAUGGUUGUGAAUUGUAAUCGUGUUCAUGCAAAUAUGGUCAACAAAAAUUCAAAUAUAUCAUUUAACCCACACCGUUUCCGUCCAUUAACUCCGGUUCAUUUAACACAAAAUGAAAUGAAUUCCAAUUGGGGUCGUCUUUGUGGCGUAAUUCGUUAUAUUAAACAGACUCACGGGUUAAAAGGUUUCUACAAAGGUUGUUUAAUAUCUAUGUGCACUUUUGUACCUAGUUCGGCAUUGUGGUGGUCUUUUUAUGAUAAAUUUUGUAAUCUGAUCCAUUUUAUUUCAAAGAAAAUGUGUAAGGAACAUGUUCAAGACUCGGCAUUGUCACUAUCAGAGGAUGAUUCUGCUCCAGUUCCAAGGUUAUUGAUUCAAUUGAUUUCGGCUCCUCUAGCUGGAAUUUCAUCUGCUAUUAUUGUUAAUCCUCUUGAUGUUGUUCGUGUACGAAUGCAGAUAUAUCCUGUUACUUGGUUGAUAUAUUUUUUAUUGGACUGUUGAUGCUGAAGAUGCCACAGGUAUUUGGAGUUUGACAACGCUUUAACCAGUAACACCUUCUAAUAUGAAGCGUACCCACCAAGUGAAAUCAAAAGGCAGAAGUGAGGAGGUUUGAAGAUAUAUUUGAUAAGCUAUCAAUCUAUCGAGGAUCGUCUGAUUUAAUCUGGCUAGCGAUUGUAGGGGUUGUUGAGCACGGCGUUCCCACUCGUGAUCUGGUGCGGAUGCAUGACCGAGCGCCUUCAGCUAGGUCAGUCCAUUAAAACAUGUGGUCAGCAUCCAAUGUCGAAAACUUACAGAGCUAUUUAUUUU